UGUUUACUUGCACCCGCUACGGUACAGACCGAAUGCGCUCGGAGGCGACACAGCUGACAGCCCGAGCUACCGCUACGUCCAAGGACAAGGAUUACACGGCGAAGAUCUGAUGGUGUGUCGGAGCCGCGUGCAGAAAGACGCGACAGAAUACCGUUUAACGACGCCGAUGGAAUUAAUCGUGGUUAUUAAUCUAGCGCAGAUAACGGGGCAGAAUGCGCGUGUGUGACGCGGCCGAGCGCGCGCGCUGCAGUAUCCGCGCAGAGGCGCGUGAGCCCCCGGCUGCAGGUCGACCGUCGAUCCAGUGUGUUGUUUUGGUGAAUAUGUGUCGAAAUGAAAAGAAAAUGGUGCUGUAAAGAAACAAUUAGGGUGUUUAUAUAUAGUUAUAAUAAAGCAUAUCUGUUUGGGUGUUUUGUUUUGUUGAAAUGAGCCAGCGCAGUAUGUCUGCGUCUCCACAACGCUUAUAAACGUCUCGGAUAGCCUCUGUGCUGAAUGAUAAGCCGCUGCCGGUUUAUCUGAGAGUCUGUUAUGCUGUUGAUUCAGUGUGCGUCUGUGUGCGUGACGCGCUGAGGAUGGCAUCCGGUGCCGGUGGGGAGGCGGGCGAUGGGGGCCCCGCACCUGUGAAACCGUUCCUGUACUUGUGUGAGGAGCCUACACAGGGUUUGAAAUCUAAGAGCCUCCCCGCACUCAGCGGCAGUCAUGCUCCGGAGCAGGACGCAGACAAGACUCUGCUCUCUUCCCCGCACUGCUCCCCCGUCAGGACCGAGCGGCGUGAGCCGGAGAGACGCGCCGCUGCUGCGCUCCUGACGCUCCGCAUGCCGCGGCUGCCCGUGAGGCGAUAUGUGGACAGGAUCCUGUCGGACUCGCGCUGCUUUCUGUUCUGCAUGUGUUACCUCACCUUCAUCCAGUCUCUGAUGGUUUCCGGCUAUCUCAGCAGUGUCAUUACCACCAUAGAAAAGCGGUACAGUCUGCGGAGCUCAGAGUCGGGUCUUCUGGUCAGCUGUUUUGACAUCGGUAGUCUCCUCGUUGUGGUGUUCAUUAGCUACUUUGGUGGGCGGAGCCAGAGGCCUCGGUGGUUGGCUGUAGGGGGUGUGCUCAUUGCUGUGGGUGCCGCCCUCUUCUCCCUACCUCACUUCAUCUCUCCACCGUAUCAGCUGGAGGAGCUGAACAGCACAGUAGGGGGAGAGGGGCUCUGUGCCGGUGGUAAUGGCAGCGGUCAGGAGAGGUCAGCACUGUCCAGGUGCCAGCGGGACCGGGAGGAGCGUGAGCAUGCCCUCUAUGUGGUGCUGUUCAUCUGCGCUCAGAUCCUCGUGGGAAUGGGUUCGACUCCCAUAUACACCCUUGGACCAACUUACCUGGAUGACAAUGUGAAGAAAGAGAACGCAUCCCUGUACCUGGCUAUCAUGUAUGUGAUGGGAGCUCUUGGCCCAGCCGCUGGGUAUCUGCUGGGUGGGAUUCUGAUCGGAUUCUACGUCGACCCUGGGACAAUAGUCAGUAUUGAUCAGAGUGAUCCACGGUUUGUGGGAAACUGGUGGAGUGGAUUUCUUCUGUGUGCUGUGGCAAUGUUGUUGGUAAUCUUCCCCAUGUUUUCCUUCCCUAAAAAACUUCCUCCACGGCACAAGAAAAGUAAAAGCAGUGUAAAAAAGGGUGCAGGGGAUGUCUCCAGUGAUGAUGAAAUGAAGAAGGAAAAGAGCAAGGCUGUCUCAUCCUCCAUGGGUUUUGGCAAAAAUAUCAAAGAUUUGCCAAAAGCAGCUGUGCGUAUAUUGAGUAACGUGACGUUUUUAUUUGUGAGUUUGUCGUAUACGGCGGAAUGUGCCAUCGUCACAGCCUUCAUCACUUUCAUUCCUAAAUUCAUUGAAUCUCAAUUUGGUGUUCCAGCAUCUAAUGCCAGUAUAUACACAGGUCUGAUCAUUGUACCCAGUGCAGGUGUCGGUAUAGUUUUAGGUGGGUACAUCAUUAAGAAACUGAAACUUGGUGCAAGAGAAGCAGCAAAGCUGGCCAUGAUCUGCAGUGGCGUGUCUUUGCUCUGCUUUUCCACUCUCUUCAUUGUCGGCUGCGAGAGCAUCAACCUCGGUGGAAUCAAUAUCCCUUACACCGCCGGGCCGACGCUGACUCUGUCUCACCGAAACCUGACGGCAAGCUGUAAUGUCAACUGUGGCUGCAGGAUUCACGAGUAUGCGCCUGUCUGUGGCUCUGAUGGCAUCACCUACUUUAACCCAUGUCUGGCUGGCUGCAGCAACUUUGCCAACCAAACCUCAGGAAUCAGAAACUAUUCGGACUGCGCAUGUGUUCAGAGCAGACAGGUGAUCACGCCGUCGGGAGGAAAACAUGAUCUGCAGGUGGUGAUCGUGAAGACAUACCUAAACGAGAAUGGUUAUGCCCUGGCAGGAAAGUGUGAGCGCACAUGUGGAACGCUCAUCACCUUCCUCAUCUUUCUCUUCAUCGUGACUCUCAUAACUGCCUGCGCUCAGCCGUCCGUCAUCAUCGUUACGCUCAGGUCAGUGGAGGAAGAGGACAGGCCGUUUGCUCUGGGAAUGCAGUUUGUUCUUCUCAGGACUCUUGCCUACAUCCCCACUCCUAUCUAUUUUGGGGCUGUGAUUGACACCACCUGUAUGCUGUGGCAGCACGAUUGUGGUUUCCAUGGGUCCUGCUGGGAGUACGAUGUCACUUCCCUCCGCUUUGUUUACUUUGGGCUGGCUGCGAGCUUGAAGUUCCUUGGCUUCCUGUUCAUCUUUCUCACCUGGUAUUCGCUGAAGCAGCGCGAGGAGCAGGCGCACACACAUACGCACACACACACGCUUUACCCAUUGGACACGGUGAGCCACCUAAUCUGUCACGCAGGAGGUCACAAAGGCCACGCCCGCACACGCUCCUGUCCUGUCUUCCUGCCACGCCCACCAGAACACUCCCACGCUGCAAUGCCAACUGGACACGCCCUUAGCCGUGGUAACAGCUGCCCUGGCAAUGGCCUGAAAGCAAUAACUCCGCCCAUACGGUCACUUGAAAAAGUGGCGGUCUGAGGACUGGAGCCUUGCGCGCGCACACACGUACUCGCUCAUACACAUGCAUGAAACUUCAUACAAUUAUGACGGCCGAUUAUGUAAAUGGAAACAUACCACAACAUUUAAAGCCAUUGCUGGUGCCUUUUCUUUAAACACACACACAUACACACUUCAAAGACAUAUUAUCACAGAUUUUGUGAAGCACUGAUUAGUAAUAAAACUUUUUUGACAAUACCUCAGAUUGAUGAAUACCGCUGUUCAUCAUGACAUACCAACACAAACAUACUCAACCACAUAUAGUCAUCUCAUCUAGUUACCUAUAGUGUUAGUUGUGCACAUAUUCUUUUGCUUCUCCUGUACAGCAGACAAAAUACAUGUAUUUGUUUAACUCAUUUAUUCAUCCAUUUUUCAACAGUGAAGGGAAAGAGACUGCAAACUUUACUAUGCAAACUCCUCCCAUCGCACUGGCUCCUCCUAAUUCCCCACUAGCCCCUCCCCUAAAAAAACCCUCCAUACCCACCAUUUUUUUCUUCACCCAAACUGUAAACUCCUCCCACAGUACUGACUUCAGAUGUGUUUGACAGAUAGAUCGGUGUACAACAUCAAAGUACCACAAAAGCAAUAGAGUGCAGAGUGCUACAUGUGCUUUCAAAUCACUCUCGUGGAGCUUUGAUGUCAUUCACCAAUCGGUCUGCACAGCGGCACUUCACAUCGAACAUGCCUUCUUCUCAUUGGCUCCUCACAAACUUUAAAUCCCUCCCUUAAACAACCUCCCUUUCAACUAUUUUGGCCACACCCAGAUUGUAAACUCCUCCCCCAGUACAGACUCCUCCUAAAUCUAAAUAGCCCCUCCCAUACUUUAAAAUCCCUCCUCUAAAACAACAGGCUUGUUUGAGAUGAACUACACUAGCCUGUCACCGGCUGGCAGAGAUCUGCCACUUGCAGUCGGGGAUGGAAUUGAAGUUAGACAAUUUCUGCUACUGGUGACGAUCGUGCAGUGUUUGCAUGCCAUCACAGAUAAAGUUAAAUAAAUGCAAUAUUUGUCAAAUACAGAGAUGUUUUAGAAAUGUUUUCAGAAACACUUUUUAUAUACUGUUUAAUACAGCGCCAUCUGUUUAUGAAUAAAGUUCAACCUUAACAUAUUCUAUUUAAAUACCAAUAGAGGUAAAUAUGAUUUUAUCAGUGUUUUUUGAUACGUGACCCAAUAUAAGUGCGACUAAACUAAAAAAGCGUUUACUGUUAAAACAACAGCAGUGCCAAAGUCAGACAAAUAUUCUAACCAGAAUGCAUUGCUUUUGAUUUUGAGGCACUGCAUGAAGAAGAACAAGGCUAACAUAUCUGCCAACUAUAUUGACCACUCCUAUAGUGUAGACUCCUCACACAAUAUUGACUCAUACAAGUUGUGGCUCCUCCCAAACUUCAAACUCCUCCCUUAAACCAACCUCCCUAUCAACAAUUUAAUUUCCUCCCCCAAUGUAAGCUCCUCCUUCCACUCCGACUCCUCCUGAAUAACAGUAGCUCCUCCCAAACUCCAAACCACUCCCUUAAUACCUCUCUACUAACUAUAUUUAUGUACCAAGUCCCGAGUGUAAACUCCUCCCACAUUACUGACUCCACACAAUCAGUGGUCCUCCCAGACUUUAAACCCCACCCACUGUUUUGACUCCAGCUUGUUCCAUUUAUUUUAUCAACUGUUAUCUUGUGUGCUGUAUUAAAUAUUUAGCUUGUUAGUCCUUUAAUGACAGUGUUUUUGCAACAGUUGGUGCAGUGCACGCAUCUUUUUGGUUUUCUGUGUCUUUUUCCAUAACUUCUGACUUUUGUGCAUCAUAUCAGUAUUCAAAUUGUUCCUUUCAGUUUGUCUUGAUCAUAAGCAGACAUCUUAGUAAGUAACACGCGCACAAAUACAGCAUAUAUAUAGGAGACACAUCAUAUCAUCUCAUGUUCACACAGAUCAUGUAUACUCCUGAAAACAUGCUCUCACAUCUCUGUAGAUGGUCAUCUGUUUGUGCUGAAAUUGAGCCAGUAUUAGUGAGGUUGAUGGUAAUGCAACUGAAAACACCAGCUCUGAGCAGAAAUCAGCUUCAUUCCUGAUCACUGCAGGACUUCAAUAGAAACAGAGCAGAAUACACACGAGUACUGAACUACUGCUGAGGAAACAGUGUUUCAUUUGCCUCUCCCUCUUUAACCCGUCCCUUCCUAUGUUACUGUGCUCCAUUUGCAAACAGAAGACACGUUCGUACAAUUAUUUAUUUGAAGUUACUUGAAGGUUUGGCUAAUUAGAGGCAAACCUGGAGAAAUUCUUUAUUAACUGUUUUGGUUUACUUGUACGAAUAAAUGAUUUGUGUCAAUAAAAUGUCUAAAUAAAAUGA